AUGGAGUCCUUCAGAAAUAUUGUCAAUUCCUUGUGCACUUUCUUGUUUUUAGGCAUAUUCUUGCACUUUGCAAGCUCAAUGCCAAGAACAAAUGCAAAAACUCAUUACCAUGAUUUUGUUGUUCAAGCAACACCAGUGAAGAGGCUGUGCAAAACCCACAACACUAUUACAGUGAAUGGAAUGUAUCCUGGACCAACAUUGGAAGUGAACAAUGGUGAUACUCUAGUUGUCAAAGUCAUCAACAAAGCUCGAUACAAUGUCACCAUUCAUUGGCAUGGGGUGCGACAAAUGAGAACUGCAUGGGCUGAUGGACCAGAAUUUGUAACUCAAUGUCCAAUUAGACCAGGACACAGUUAUACUUACAAAUUUACAAUUCAAGGACAAGAAGGCACACUUUGGUGGCAUGCCCAUAGCUCAUGGCUCAGAGCCACGGUCUAUGGAGCCUUGAUUAUUCGGCCACGACCAGGAGAUUCUUAUCCCUUCCCCGAGCCAAAGCGCGAAACACCUCUUCUUCUUGGUGAGUGGUGGGAUGCAAACCCCAUUGAUGUUGUGAGGCAAGCUACAAGAACAGGAGCUGCUCCAAAUGUUUCCAAUGCUUACACUAUCAAUGGUCAACCUGGUGAUCUUUACAACUGCUCCCAAAAAGAUACAAUCCUAGUUCCGGUGAAUUCUGGUGAAACAAAUCUCCUUCGAAUCAUUAACUCUGCACUGAAUCAACAACUCUUCUUUACAAUAGCCAACCACAAACUCACGGUUGUUGGUGCUGAUGCUUUAUAUCUCAAACCCUUCACCACUUCAGUUCUUAUGCUCGGACCCGGCCAGACAACCGAUGUCCUAAUCACUGCCGAUCAACCACCAGCCAAGUACUACAUUGCAGCACGUGCCUACGCUAGUGCUCAAGCUGCACCAUUCGAUAAUACCACCACCACAGCCAUUCUUGAAUACGAGACUGCCCCUUGCCUAGCUAAAUGCACCUCGACCAAGCCAGUUAUGCCUUCUCUACCUGCAUUUAACGACACUGCCACUGCAACUGCCUUCACAAAAAGCUUGAGAAGCCCAAGAAAAGUAGAAGUACCCACAGAAAUUGAUGAGAAUCUCUUCAUUACAGUUGGUUUAGGACUCAACAAUUGCCCCCGUGGUGCCAGGCGUAGUAAUUGUCAAGGACCAAAUGGGACUCGAUUCACUGCCGGUAUGAACAAUGUAUCGUUUGUGCUUCCAUCCAAUUUUUCCCUGCUGCAAGCACAUCAACAGCGUAUACCUGGAGUUUUCACAACUGAUUUUCCAGCAAAUCCACCUCAGAAAUUUGAUUACACUGGUAAUGUAAGCCGAUCACUAUGGCAACCUGCUCGCGGGACUAAGGUGUACAGAUUAAAGUAUGGAGCACGAGUACAAAUAGUGUUGCAGGGAACAAAUAUCUUCACAACUGAAAACCAUCCUAUUCAUCUUCAUGGAUAUGACUUCUAUAUCCUUGCUGAAGGAUUUGGAAAUUUCAAUCCAAAUAGAGAUACAGCCAAAUUCAAUCUCGUUGAUCCGCCACAACGAAAUACAGCUAGUGUACCUGUUGGUGGAUGGAGCGUGAUUAGAUUUGUCGCAGAUAAUCCAGGAGUAUGGAUAAUGCACUGUCACUUGGACGUUCACAUCACUUGGGGCUUGGCAAUGGCUUUCUUGGUGGAAAAUGGAGUGGGAGAAUUGCAAACGUUGGAGGCACCUCCUGCAGAUCUGCCCCUCUGUUAA